AUGGCAGCUUCCUGUGUUUACGAUGUCUUCUUGUCUUUCAGCGGCCUUGAUACUCGCAAGAAAUUUACUGGUCACCUCUUGGCUGCUUUGGAUCAGCAUGGUUUUUACACAUUCAGAGAUGACACUAAACUCCAAAGAGGUGAAGAAGUUGGUCCUGGAUCGUUGAAAACAAUUGAGAAAUCAAGAGUUUCCGUUAUCGUAUUCUCGAAAAACUACGCCUCCUCAGAAUGGUGCCUUGACGAGCUUGUCAAGAUCAUGGAUUGCAAGACGAUACUCAAUCAGAUUGUUAUUCCCAUCUUCUAUGACGUCGAACCUUUUAAUGUUCAAUCACAGAGCGAUUGUUAUGCAGAAGCGUUUGCCAGUCACGAAAGCGUGUAUGCAAGUGGUGUUUCAGUUUUCUGUGCUUUAAGCAUAUGGUUUCCAUGUUUCAGUUUUGAUACUAAAAGCUUGGGGAUUGGUGGAAUUGGUAAGACUACCAUUGCUAAAGUACUGUAUAAUCGCAUUCAUCGUUUUCAUCUAUUUGAAAGCAGUAGCUUUCUUCAUGAUGUUGGACGAAUUUCUAGGGAUACCAACGGUGUCGUUAAAUUUCAAAAACAGCUUAUGUCGGAUCUCCUAAAUGAUGAAAAUGAGAAAAUAAGAUGCGGGGAUCAUGGAAUUGAGGUGAUAAAAUGUCAAGCAUGGUGUCGAAAGGUUUUUCUUGUUCUCGAUGGUGUGGAUAACAACAGCCAAUUGAGUGCUUUGGCUAUAAAUCGUAAUUGGGUAUGUCCUGGAAGUAGAAUCAUAGUAACAACUAGAGAUUUGUCUGCAAUAAAGUCACUUCAAGUGGAUGAGGUGUAUAAUCUUGAGGAGUUGAAUAUGGAGGAAUCUCUUCAACUCUUCAGUUGGCAUGCCUUUAGAAGAGACUGUCCUCUAGAAGGUUAUGAAAGCCUCUCUGACGCAGUAGUGUGUUAUGCGAAGGGACUUCCUUUACUUCUUACAACUUUAGGUUCUUUAUUGUCUAGUAAAGCGGUACAUAAAUGGCAAGCUCAAUUGGAGAAGUUGAAAAAGAUUCCUGAUCCUAAAGUUCAAGAUAUACUAAGGCAGAGUUUUGACUCACUUGAUGAUAAACAGAAGGGUUUAUUCCUAGAUAUCGCAUGUUUUUUUGUUGGAAUGGACCAAGAUUUGGCCAUCAAAAUACUAGAAGGAUGCAAUUUUUACCCAGAUAUUGAUAUUGACAUUCUAUCUGAUCGUUGUCUUGUAAGCAUCAAUCGGCAUAACCAACUGAUGAUGCAUGAUCUGAUUCAAGACAUUGCAAAAGAGAUCGUCCGCCAAGAAUUCCUUACAAAGUCUGGCGAACGUAGUAGAUUGUGGUAUCAUGAAGACAUUCUCGAUGUACUAAAAUAUGACACGGGGACAGAGAAUGUUCUGGGCUUAGUCCUGAACUUGCCAGAAUCAGAGGAGCUACAAGUAAAUACGGAGGCAUUUACAAAGAUGAAGAGGCUGAGAUUGCUUCAUCUCAAUUAUGUCCAAGUUUUGUGCAAAUUGAAAUACCUCGAUCUCAGUCAUUCCUAUCUCUUGAUUAAAACUCCAGACUUCACGGGGCUCACCGGUCUUGAGAAAUUGUUGCUUGCUGAUUAUACAAAGCUGGUAGAGGUUCACCAAUCUAUUGAAAGUUUGGAAAAUCUUAUUGUCUUGGAUCUACAGAAUUGCCACAAUCUGAAGAAGAUUCCCCCGAGCAUUUUCAUGUUUAAGUCUCUCGAUUAUUUCAAUAUGUCCGGUUGCUCCAAAUUAGAAUGGCCAGCAUUUUUUCGAAGAUCCCCACCUGGAUCAAGCUUACAAUUGUCAAGUAGCAUCAGGAAAUUAUCUAUGGAAAACUGCAAUAUAACAAAUGUGCCCAGUGAAAUUGGUAGUUUGGUGUCCUUGGGAUGUUUGAAUCUUAGCGGAAACAAAUUUUCUAACCUACCAGCUACCAUCACUAGCCAUCCACAACUGUUGACUCUCUUCACACAAACGUGUACUCGGCUUGAAUCACUUCCCGGCCUUCCAGUAAAUUUAAAGUUUUUGCGAGCAAAUGACUGCACAGCAUUGCAGAGCAUGUCAAUUGAAUCAAAAGCAGCACACAGACAAUUCAUGACUUUUAACGGUUGUCCCAAAUUAGUCAACAACAAUGCUGCGUAUAAUUUUAGAAGAAAUGUUCUCAGAUAUCAGCUUAAACAUUGUCGGUUGGACGUUGGAGAUGAAGUGGAAAUAACAAUCAGACAAUCGUAUGGAAAACAGUUGUGGAUGAAGAGGUUAGGGGUUAGUCUGAUUUACGAGGGCGAUGAGAAGAAUCAGGACUCAUAUGAUGAUGCCUUACAUCACUCGCUCACUGCUGCCUUAGAUAUUAUCCCUACUCCUCUUGGUGACGUAGAUAAGCAGAAUGAAGAAUUUAUAAUGGACCUACUCUUACAGGGUGCAACUUGGGCCGGCCCAACGGAUUAUUGGAACAUAAAUGACCCAUUUGAAGGCUUCUAG